AUGGACCACGACAUUGGCGCCGAUUAUGACGAAAAGAAAGGGACCCAGCCCAUAGUGACUGUCACCGAUGCCUUCUCUGUCAAAGAUGAGAAAUCCUCUCCCGAAAUCACGCAGGAAAUGCGUGAAAAGAUCCUCGACCGGUUUGGCAACAAAGCGCGCGACGACCACCUGAACGCCGUCUCGCGCGACAUCGACUUUGUUCUCGACAAGAUCCUGACUAUCUCGCGCGAGGAGGCGCUCGAGAUUCUUAUCGCGGCCGUCGAUUAUCACAACGACGAUGUCAAUUUCCCGGCUGAGACGAUGGAGAAGAUUAAGCUGCUUGUCGCGGGCGAAGACGCGUUUGGUGCUGAUCCGGAGACGUAUGAUUUUGACCUCAAGACCGAGGCGUGCUUGAUUGGGUUCUACUCGCCGUAUCCCGAAGUGCGCUCCGUGACUGAUCCGUUCGACGAUCCGACGAUAUACUCAGAGACCAUGCGCGUCUAUUUCUUGGCUAUCAUUUGGACAAUCAUUGGUACCGGUGUCAGUCAAUUCUUUACCUUUCGUAAACCGUCGAUUUUGAUUACGUCGGCGGUUAUCCAGCUCUUUUUGUUUCCUUGCGGAAAGUUUAUGGCUCUCGUGAUGCCGGAUUGGGGGUUUACUCUUUGGGGUACUAGGCAUUCAUUGAAUCCUGGUCCGUGGACUUUCAAAGAGCAAAUGCUGGCAACGCUGAUGGUCAACGUCGCUAACGGUGGUACCUACGUUACAAGGGACAACAUCCUCACUCUGCAACUCACAAAAUACUACGGCAUCCCAGUACAUCUCGGCUACGAAUUCCUGAUGAACUUUUCGUCCCAAUUCUUCGGCUUUGGUCUCGCAGGUCUUCUGCGCCGCUGGGUAUGCUACCCCGUCAAAAUGGUCUGGCCGACCGCGCUCGUCACAAUCGCGACCAACCGCGCGCUGAUGAAACCCGAGCGGAAGGAGAGCAUCAACGGCUGGACGAUUUCCUCCUACAAGUUCUUCAUCACCACCUUCAUUGCCAGUUUCUGCUACUUUUGGCUGCCGCAGUAUCUAUUCCAGGCUUUGAGCUCGUUUAACUGGAUGACCUGGAUCGCACCGCAAAACUUCAAUCUCGCAAUCAUCACCGGGAGUUCGCUCGGGUUGGGCGUCAACCCGAUUCCGUCGUUUGAUUGGAAUAUCCUGAACUAUGACAACGCGCUCUCGGUGCCGUUUUUCUCGUGCGUCAAUCAGUACAUUGGAAUGGUGCUCGGACUGUUCUGCAUCUUGGGGGUUUACUACGGCAAUUACAAAUGGGCCGGAUACAUCCCCGUCAACACCAACGAUCUGCGCGAUCGAUUCAACGAGUCGUACAAUGUUUCCCGGAUCCUAACCAACGGCUUGAUUGACGAAAAGAAGUACCAGGAGUAUUCUCCGCCGUACUACUCGGCUGGAUUCAUGGUCACCUACGGCUCAUACUUUGCAAUGUAUCCGCUCACGCUGGUGUACAUUUUCCUCAAGGACUGGCGCCUUAUCGCCUCCUGCUUCAAAGAUUUCUGGAAAAGCGUGCGCUACGGCCGGUCAAACUACGACGCACAGCAAGACCCGCACUGCCGGAUGAUGGCGAAGUACAAAGAGGUACCGGACUGGUACUAUCUUGUCAUUCUGUUUCUCUCGUUUGUCUUUGGCGUGGUUUGCGUCGAAGUGUACAGGACCGAGAGCAAGACCGCGGUCUACGGCAUCGUCGUCACUAUCAUUGUCUCGAUCGUGUUUUUGAUCCCAAUCUCAAUCAUCCAAGCCACGACCGGAUUCCAAAUGUCAAUCUCCGUCAUGUCGGAAAUGAUUGCAGGCUUCAUGUUUCCCGGCAACGGACUUGCCAACCUCGUUUUGAAAUGCUACGGCUACCAGACCGAGAAACAGGCCGAGACGUACGUGAUCGAUCAGAAGAUGGCGCAUUACGCAAAAGUCGCGCCAAUGGGAGUGUUUAGAGGGCAGAUGGUCACUACUAUUUUCCAGUGCUUGGUCUCGAUUGGUGUCUUGAGUUGGCAGCUGUCGAAUAUUGACGGACUCUGCGAUUCCGAUCAGCCGGACAGAUUCAGCUGCCCGGGUAUUAAGACGAUUUACAGUGCUUCGGUGAUGUGGGGUGUAAUUGGACCGCUUCGAACGUUCCAGGGCGUAUACAGCGUCUUUAGCUGGUGCUUUUUGGUUGGCCUGCUUCUCGCACCAGUGUUUUACAUCUUGACGUGGAAGUUUCCCAAGCAGUUCCGGUAUGUAAAUAUUUGCGUGGUCGUGGGCGGCAUAGGUAACUGGUCACCCUACAACCUCUCCUACUACACCGGCAACCUCUACCUCUCCGCCAUCUUCAUGUUCUUCAUCCGCCGCCGCUACCUCGCCUGGUGGGAGAAAUACAACUACGUGUUCUCCGCCGCCAUGACCGCCGGCGUUGCAUUCAGCGCAAUCAUCAUCUUCUUCAGCGUCCAGUAUAAACCAAAACCAAUCACCUGGUGGGGAAACACCGUCUCAGACGCCGGCAUCGAUGGCACGUCGGCGACGCGGUUCGCGUUGCCGGAGAAGGGGUAUUUCGGUCUCGAGCCGGGUACUUUCCCCUGA